CUCGGAGUGUCUGUUCAGAGUCUGUGUUAAAUUGAUAAAAGGAAAUAGUUCUAAACACAUUUCAAGAUGAGUCUUCAGUGGACAAUAAUAGCGACUUUCCUCUACGCCGAAAUAGCUUUCGUACUGCUGCUCACUUUGCCGAUCGCGAGUCCCUCGAGAUGGAACAAAUUCUUCAAGUCCAAAUUCCUCGCGUACAUAAGCGGGCAAGCGUCGAUAUAUUUCCUGGUGCUGAUCGGAGUGCUAAUCUUGUGUCUUCUGGAUGCCAUCCGCGAGAUGCAGAAGUACUCGAGCCUCGAGGCGACCGACCACCAGCAUCUCGACGCCGAAAUGCAAGGCAACAUGAGAUUGUUCCGCGCCCAAAGGAACUUCUACAUAUCCGGCAUUUCCCUAUUCCUUUUGAUCGUGAUCCGUCGAUUGAUCCAAAUGAUCUCGGAGUUGGCCGCGCUCCUGGCGCAGUCCGAGGCCAGCUUCCGUCAGGCUCAGAGCGCGACCGUCGCCGCCAAGAGCCUGCUGUCGAACCAGGGCGUCGGCGAUGAGGCCCACAAGAAAGAAAUCGAAGUUCUCGAGAGCAAGAUCUUAAAAUUGGAGAAAGAAUUGUCCGUGGCUAAGAAGGACAAAGAAGCUGUGAAAUCGCAGGCCGAGAGCCUCAACCGUGAAUACGACAGGCUCGCCGAGGAGCAUAGCAAGCUACAGAAGAAGGUCACCAUCGGGGGAGGAGACAAGAAAGAUGAUUAGAGUAAGGGAGCAAAUUUUAGUUUACAUUUAAUGUUUUUCCUACACUAACCUGUAAGAAUGUCCAAGGUCUAAUUUUAAUCUUUCCAUGUAUACAAUGUGUAUUUACAAGUUAGCUUAUGCAAUAAUGAGUCAUGUUGAACAAAAAUGUACAUGGAAUUGUUUGCAAGUGGUCUGUGGGUGUCUGCCUUAUUAUUGUUAAACAAUACCACAGUGUUUGUGUUAUAAGUCUGAUUUUGUGAUUUUUUUGUGUCCUUAGAAUGGGUUGUUGCAUUUUCUAUUGAAAUAACAAUUAUUCCUAUCUAAUUUUUUUUAAAUUAGAAAGUUUGGUAGGUGCUUAAAAAGUAUUUUUGUAUAAAAGCCACUGGAAAAUAAUGAGAUACAUUAAGUGUAUCGAGGGGGUAAUUGAAGUUAAAUAUUUUUGUAUUCUAGUUUAGAAACAUAACUUAUUACUAAAGGUAAUAAAUUUUGAGAAAAAGUAAAAAAAAAACAUGUUUUUGGCUUCAAAUAAUAAAAA